UUUCACUCUCUUUACUCUCAUCUGACUCUCAUCAUCAUGCUCGGCCGUUUCUUCUUACUGUUUGCGACGCUCCUCGUUCUUCAUGCUGCUUUCUCCACAUACGAACACCUUUCUCAUUUAAAGUCGCUCGGAAAGCCUGAAGGCUCUCUCCCAUACGAUAUUGUACUAGAAGCAAUUAUCGCCUUAGCGCUGGGAAUCUUGGGUGCUUCACUGAAUGCUUCGUCCUUGAAAGAGACAACUUGGUCAAGUGAAAUGAAGACAAGGUCCAUAGACGAAAUGGACGCGAGGUUGGGAUUCGCGAAUUAUGUCAACCGAGGACGAAACAUCUUUUCAUGAUACUACUUUUACGCUGAGUUCGUUCAACGUGCACUGUACCACUGUUCACGCGUUCGCGUCCAAUCUAUGUUAAGAACUUAAAUUUAUACAUACAUAUGGUGAAAGCUCAACCUAAAAUCGGUAUGAAAGGCAGAU